UCAGUCCGGGGGGUGUUUGGAUUCUUCAACGCCGCCCCCUGUGAUCAGGGCUGGACUUGCCACUCCCUCCCUACACGUACUUGACUGCUCCCGAUAUUAGAAUUCCUGGCCCGGGACUUGACAAGAACCCCACGGACGCCGCUGUCUUCCACCUUUUGCUCAUUAUCAGCUCUUCCCGACAGCGUGCUUUGACGAUGAGCGCCUUCGAACUCGUUGCCCGCGCGUGGGCGCCCGGGACGGACUUCCCGGAGCCGGCCAAGCUGAACUGGCUCUACCAUCUGGGUCUUGCGGUCAUCUGCAUCCUGUGGACUCUGUCGCUCCUCGUUGUCGGCCUCCGGCUAUGGGCGCGAUGGACGUCGAAGCAGAUCGGCGUCGAUGACUACCUCAUGGUUGCUGCCAUGGCUGUCAACACUGGCUGGUUCUAUACAUUGAUCAUGUAUGUCAAGUCGUGCUACGUCGGAAUCCAUUACUGGGACGCGCCGGAGCUCUCGCUGGAUCAGCAAAGCAAAGCCAAGCUGUACGAGUGGCUGAUUAUUCUGCUGUACCACCCCAUCCUGGGCUUCGUCAAGGCGUCGGUCCUGUCCUUCGACCAGCGGUUGACGGGCGUCCACAAGCCGAUCCGCUACACAGUCUACGCUCUCCAGGCCGUCAACGCCGGUUGCAUGAUCUCCAUCUUCUGCGUCACCCUCUUUCAGUGCAGCCCCAUGUCGCUCAACUGGACGCCCGGUUAUAGGCGCAGCUGCAUCGACAACGUCAGCUUCAACUACGCCUACAACGGCAUCGUCAUCGCCACCGACAUUGCUGUGUUGGCCGUGCCGUUUUGGGCGUUUGUCGGUCUGCAGCUGCGGACUCGACUCAAGGUCGCCCUCCUCUGUGUCUUUGCUCUCGGUGGACUUGUCACGGUCGUCUCCUGCAUUCGUCUCGUCCUCCUGGUGAACUGGUUCAACCAGUUCUACGCGGGUCUGGGCUCCAAGGACAUCUACUACUCCUUCGGCUGGGCCGUCUCGCCCAUCGAGUGCAACCUCGCCAUCAUCGCCGCCUCCAUCCCUGCCCUCUGGCCGCUGUUCCGCCAGGCCUUCCCCAGCAUCUUCUCGGAUCUCAACUCGUCGUACCAAGGCCACGCGCAGCCAGCCAACACCAGCCGCGCGACCGGCUUCCGCUCCAACCUUGCCCGGCCCAUGGGGGCGUCGCGCCUACACGACGACACAGACGAUGGCUUCGUGAUGAAGUCCAUGCACGCCAACGGCCAGGUAGACUGCAGGGCCACCACGCCCACGGGGUCGCAGGACGGUAUCAUAGACGUCAAGGAUGGCAUCGUGCGCACCACCGACGUGGAGAUGACCUAUGAGGACACCAACAAGAACAUGGAUUACGGCCAUGACCGCGACGAGUAUGGGCGGAAGAAGGUCAUGCGUGUCCUGUAAAGAUCUUGUUCUGUUCCAAGGCAGAGUUGUGCUUAAAUGCAGGAUGUGCCCAAUGUAUACAUGUGGACUCGCAUCCCAUGUAUCCAACCCUCUGAGAACUUGUGGGAUUAGGUUGGACGUGGAGAGAGCCCUCGACGACGAUACAAUCAUCCAUCACGGACA